AUGGCGUCUGAUUCUCAAAAACUGCACCUGUCCCCCGGAAUCGAUGUUUUUGAAACAGCCGAUUUUCUUCUUGGAGACUUUCGACCGGCGACGAUGAAUGUGACGACGACGCCGAUUUUCGAGAAUUUCACGACUUUAGCUCCUCAAAAUGGGACGGCGUAAGUUAUGAUACCUGUUUUAUCCGGUCUGAUGUUACUUUCAUAAUUUUUCAAUUUACACCUGAAAAAAAGCUCACAACACUACGUCUUCUGAAUCUGAAUCCAAAAAUGUCAUAGAACUGUUGUAGAAAAGAUUCUCAUAGAAAAGCCCUCUCAAAAUCUGAAAGACUACCUUUUUUUUCGAAAUCGAAGUUUAUUAUUCAAAAUUUGAAUCGCAUUAUUUUUUCAAAGACGUCUGCGAAAGUUUUUGAGCUGGUCAGAGGAAAAUUUGUCUUCAUUGAGGUCAAGUCAAUAUAAAUGUAUGAAUGUUCCUACUGUAAUUUUGGACCUCGCACUGUUUUUUUUCGAUGAUUGACACUUAAUUAAUCUCAUUCUUUUAAAUGACCAAAACUGGAUUUUUCUCGAAAAAUGACUAACGAAUCACAAGUGGACAUGUCGGGUUUCAGUGUUACUGAAAGAGCAAAAAAUUUGACUCUGAACUUGAAUUUCUUUGAAAAUCGGCUAGCAAGUUUCUUGAUGCACCAAUUGGUCAUCCUGGAAGUAUCAGUUCUUCGAAAGAAGAUUAAACAUUUUCUGAAUUCGAAGGGUAAACUUGGAAUAACUCGACUUUGUAGCAAAAUAUUACAAAAAAGCUCUCGAAUGAAAAAAUGAAUUAAAAAACUAGGAAAAAUGUAUUCGAUUCAGCUUUACGGAUUUUAGAUUGUAAACAAUCGAUAAGGAUGACUUUCCUUACUUAUUAAAAAAUAAAGAAACAGUAGACCAACUACGGCGGACGACCAGAUGUUCUACAUGGUUCUGAAAACGAGUUGCUGGCUGGUCCUUUUCUUCUACGUCUACUACAUUCCACGGCUGAUCGCCUUCCGAUGCGCUUCUCUCACCGAAGACAAAGAGGCAAAUCCGUUUCUUCUUUCCGAAAAUUUCAGAAUUCCAGAAGCCCCACUUUUAUUCCAUGUCUUAUAUGAUGAUGACCGUCGUGGCGUUGGCCCUCGCGAAUUGCAUCAAAUUCUAUCUGUGAGUUGAAUGAGUGAAACAGUAUGCGGUAUAGCCUGUGUACCACGACUUGAAAUUUUACCGAACGACAUUCCGCUGUGCCACUGCGCGCCUCUGCCAACCUUGGUCCCGCUUUAAGAAUUUUUCCUUUAUUAAGGUACUCUGCUUUUAUGUGCUCCCACAGCAAUAACAAUCAAUUGAUAGCGAGACAUAGAUUAGAAAGACGCUUCGCGAACGCACGCAGCGGAACAGCGGAAUGUCGUUCCGUGAAAUUUCAAGUCGUGGCACACAGACUAUAUACUCCAUUCGCCGACUUCUGCUGUGUCUGCGCUCUCUUCUCUCUCACCGGGGAAUGAUCUCAGCUCACAGUAGGACAUUUGAACAGACUAGGCUUUUUUACGCUGGUUAUGUCCCCUGUGCUUCACAAAUUGAUGAAAGCUCUUCGAAAAAAGUUACGGAAAAGCUCCAAGUUGCAAAAAAAGACCGCCGUUAAUUUUUCUAGUACUAUUCCAAACAAUUUCAGCUCUCUGACCGAGGUGAAGACCCUGGAUGACGCGAUGGCGACGUUGAUCGGCUACUGUCUGGCGGCGGCCCUGAACCGUUUGAUCGCGCCGCUGGUGCUGCUCAUCUGCUUACAGCAGUACGCCCUCGUCUGUCCCUUCGACAUGUCUCAAGUCCUGCUCGAAGGGUCCGUCUCCACGUCUUCUCCCGCACUUUUCGUCUUUUCAGCCCCUUCCAGCACGUCUACUGUGUCGUCUCCGCUGUCCUCGUCUUCGGCGGCAGUUUUCUUCGCUUGAUCGACUUUUUCGAGGCCACCGAGGUCACUGUUGAACUGACAGCCGAUCCUCUUUGGGUUUCAUUUGAAUGAUCUCAAAAAUAACAUGUCUUUCUUCAGCCGCAUCCUUUCGAAGACGUGAUUCUGCCAUUGAUAGUUUUCGUCUUCUACAACUUUGCGCGAGUGAAGAUGAAGAAGGAGUCGACGUACUCGAUUCACGAUACUUCUUUGCCGACGACCAUGGACCAGAUGGGCAAGAUCGUCUGGUUUCAAGGGGUAACUUUUGAACAAAACUUGAAAAUCAUUGAAAAUUUUUAGUUGGUGUAUUCAUUUUAAAAAAUUGAAUUAAUCAAAGUUGAGGCUCUGAAAAGAAAGAUAACUUCAUUUUUAGAUUGGAAAUUCCCUGAAAAAUGGCCAGAUGACAAGUCCUGAAAAUCUCAACCUGCAUGACAUCCAAAAAAAAAAUCGAAAUCUGAAAAUUUUAUGGUUUUCGUCAAUUUUGAAGGUCUCUUUCAAAAAAAGUUCCAAUAAAACAGGUUUUUUUUGCGAAUUGACGUAUUCAGGAACCUGACCUGUUACAUCAAAAAGCAUUUUGGCCAGUUUUUAGUGAAUUCCCAUCCGUAGAGUUAAAUUACCUUGUAGAUACUGAAUUUUUUUUCUUUCAAAGCUGAAGGAUGAUCUUGAAAAUAUUAUAAGCUGAGCCUCUAUUUUCGCGUCUUUUAUUUGAAAAAAAAAACCAAAAGAACCAUAGAUUUUCAAUGACGUUGUCGCGUUCAGCCUCUUAUGCGUUACACCCGCCCAAUUGCAGGUGAUGGCUUUGAUGUCGGUCGUGGCGAUGGGAGUCCGGAGCGACGACGUCCUCAAAGAAGGCGACCGGAGCACGUGGGACUUCUUCGCGGCCGCACAGACGCCAGUGCUGUCGUGGGUGGCGUUCCGGUCAAUCCUUCGGAAGCAGAGACCCACGCGGCCGUGCUUCCUUCUCUGCUGCGCCGAAGAGGAGAAAACCCUCCCGGCUGGCACUUCCACCACCAACUGA